CGAACAGUGCAAGGUCAGAAGUCUCCAGGUCGCUUGCCUAGCUGUUUGCCGCAUCCCCACUUUGCCCUAGGGGACUCCGUGGGUGCGCUCUGCUCCAGGCGGGGCGGGGCUCGCGCCUCCUGGCUCCGCCCCUUUCCUCCCUCCUGCCUGGCGUCUCCGAGGCCGGAGGAGCAGGUGGGCAGCCCCCAGCACAGCAGUUGCUCUUGACGCUGCUACCGACGCCGCUUCUGCGCCUUGCUUUGCCCAUUUUCCCCUCUGCCGCCCUCUCCUUUCCCUACCCCCUUCCCGCCCCAGAGAAAAAGAAUUUAAAAAAAAAAAAAAAGAGAAAAAACAGAUCUGUCGCACUUCCUCCGCAGUCGGGCGCCCCCCAGUGCGAGAGCGAAGCCCAAGGGCCUGAAGUGAAGAAGCGAAGGGAAAAACCGGAGCUGGAGCCCGGGGAGCCCCGCGUCGGUCAGUGAAACCGACCGACUAAGGCAGCUGGCCACCCACAAGAUUGUUGAUUUGUAAGCUGCCGUCUUGGGAGGUUGGGAGGGAGAGUGGCGGCGGCAGGGGAGUCUCCUUGGAGUAGAGAGUUGGAGGACGUGGAGGAGAGAAGAGGCUACCUGCACUGCUUUGGUGAUCUGUUUGGGGCUUCUAGCAGGAAAUCUUCACCUGGGCUCAAUUAAUCCAGACAACAUGGCUACAGCAAUUAGAGAAGUGGGAGUAUGGAGGCAAACUCGAACUCUUUUACUCAAGAAUUAUCUAAUUAAAUGUAGGACUAAAAAAAGUAGUGUUCAGGAAAUUAUUUUUCCACUUUUUUUUUUAUUUUGGUUAAUAUUAAUAAGCAUGAUGCAUCCAAAUAAGAAGUAUGCAGAAGUACCUGAUACAGAACUUGACCCUUUGGAUAAAUCUGUCCUGUCUGACUUCAUUAUUGCAUAUGCUCCAGUGACUAAUGUUACAAGAAACAUCAUGAAUAUAGUGUCUUCUCAUUAUCUUCCUGAUGUCAUAAUUACUGAAAAGUAUGCAAAUGAAAGAGAAUUGCAAGAAGCCAGUCUUUCUAAACCUACCAGUUUUGUGGGUGUGGUUUUCAAAGACUUCAUGUCCUAUGAACUGCGGUUUUUUCCUGAUAUGAUCCCAGUAUCUUCUGUCUACAUGAAUUCUAGAGCUGGUUGUUCAAAGUCAUGUGAGGCUGCUCUAUACUGGCACUCAGGGUUCAUAGCUUUACAAACCUCCAUUGAUGCUGCAAUUAUACAGAUAAAGACCAAUUAUUCAGCCUGGGAUGAAUUGGAGUCUACUAAAGCAGUUGUCAUGGGAGAAACUGCUGUUAUAGAAAUAGAUAACUUUCCUCGAGGAGUAAUUUUAAUUUAUCUAGUUAUAGCUUUUUCCCCUUUUGGAUACUUUUUGGCAAUUCAUAUUGUGGCUGAAAAAGAAAAAAAGUUGAAAGAGUUUUUAAAGAUAGUGGGGCUUCAUGAUACUGCUUUUUGGCUUUCUUGGGUUCUAUUAUAUACAAGUUUGAUUUUUAUUAUGUCUCUUCUCAUGGCAGUCAUUGCAACAGCUUCUUCAUUAUUUCCUCAAAGUAGCUGUUUUGUGAUAUUUCUUCUUUUUUUCCUGUAUGGAUUAUCUUCAGUUUUCUUUGCCUUAAUGCUUACACCACUUUUUAAAAAAUCAAAACAUGUGGGAAUAGUUGAAUUUUUAGCCACGGUGGCAUUUGGAUUUGUGGGCCUUUUGAUUGUAUUGCUGGAGGAUUUCCCUAAGUCUUUAGUAUGGCUCUUUAGCCCCUUCUGUCAGUGUACAUUUUUAAUUGGCAUUGCACAGGUCAUGUAUCUAGAAGAUUUAGAUGAAGGUGCUUUGUUUUCCAACUUGAUCAAAGGUCCUUAUCCUCUUAUCAUUGCCAUUAUAAUGCUGGUACUCAAUAGUGUAUUUUACAUCCUCUUAGCUGUUUAUCUUGAUCAAGUCAUUCCAGGUGAAUUUGGACUGCGAAGAUCAUCUUUAUAUUUUUUGAAGCCUUCAUAUUGGUCAAAGAACAAAAGAAAUUAUAAAGAGCUAUCUGAAAGCAAUAUAAAUGGAAAUCCUGGUUUUAGUGAGAUUAUUGAACCUGUUUCUUCAGAAUUUCUAGGAAAAGAAGCUAUUAGAAUCAGUGGCAUUCAAAAAACAUUCAGAAAGAAAAGUGAAACUGUGGAGGCACUAAGAAAUUUAUCCUUUGACAUAUAUGAAGGUCAGAUUACAGCAUUACUUGGCCAUAGUGGAACAGGAAAAAGCACAUUAAUGAACAUUCUUUGUGGACUCUGCCCACCUUCAGAUGGGCUUGCAUCUAUUUAUGGACAUAGAGUCUCAGAAAUUGAUGAAAUGUUUGAAGCAAGAAAAAUGAUUGGAAUUUGCCCACAGUUAGAUAUAAAUUUUGAUGUACUGACAGUGGAAGAGAAUUUGUCAAUUUUGGCUUCUAUCAAAGGGAUUCCAGCCAACAGCGUGAUACAAGAGGUACAGAAAGUUUUACUAGAUUUGGAUAUGCAAGCCAUCAAAGAUAACCAAGCAAAAAAAUUAAGUGGAGGUCAGAAACGAAAACUAUCACUGGGUAUUGCUGUUCUUGGAGAUCCCAAGGUAUUGCUACUAGAUGAACCAACUGCUGGAAUGGAUCCUUGCUCACGUCAUAUUGUUUGGAAUCUCUUGAAAUAUAGAAAAAGCAAUCGAGUGAUAGUACUUAGCACUCAUUUUAUGGAUGAAGCUGACAUUCUUGCUGAUAGGAAAGCUGUGAUAUCACAAGGAAUGCUGAAAUGUGUUGGAUCGUCUUUGUUUCUGAAAAGUAAAUGGGGAAUUGGCUACCGACUAAGCAUGUACAUAGACAAGCAUUGCAUCACAGAAUCUCUUUCAUCACUGGUUAAGCAGCAUAUUCGUGGAGCUAACUUAUUACAACAGAACGACCAGCAACUUGUCUAUAGCUUACCUUUUAAAGACAUGGAUAAAUUUUCAGGCUUGUUUUCUGAUCUAGAGACACAUUCUAAUUUGGGAGUUAUUUCUUAUGGAGUUUCCAUGACAACUUUGGAAGAUGUGUUCCUAAAGCUGGAAGUUGAAGCAGAAAUUGAUCAAGCUGAUUAUAGUAUAUUUAGCCAGCAGCAGUCAGAGGAAGAAACAGAUUCAAAAUCUUUUGAUGAAAUGGAGCAAAGUCUGCUUAUACUCUCUGAAACCAAAACAUCCACAGUAAGCACUAUGACUCUUUGGAAGCAGCAAGUGUGUAUGAUAACGAAACUUCAUUUCCUUACUUUGAAACGUGAAAGUAAAUCAUUGAGAUCUGUGUUGCUCCUGCUUUUAAUUUUUCUUGCUGUUCAGGUUUUCAUGUUUUUGGUUCAUCAUUAUUUUAAGAAUACUGUUGCUCCCAUCAAACUUACUCCAGACUUAUAUUUUUUGAAACCUGGAGAGAAAGCUCACAAAUACAAAACAGGUCUUCUUCUUCAAAAUUCAACUGAUACUGAUAUUGAUGAUCUCUUGAGUUUCUUCACAAGUCAGAACAUCUUGGUGAAUGUGUUAAAUGUCAGUGACUAUGUAUCUGCUGCUCCUCACAGUGCAGCUUUAAAUGUAAUGCAUUCAGGAAAGGAUUACAUAUUUGUAACUGUUUUCAAUAGUACUAUGAUUUAUUCUCUACCAGUUUUGAUGAAUGUUAUUAGCAAUUCUAUUCUUUAUCAUUUAAAUGUAACAGAAAAUAUCCAGAUCUGGAGCACACCAUUCUUUCAAGAAAUUACCGACAUAGUUUUUAGAAUUGAGCUGUAUUUUCAAGCAGCUUUGCUUGGAAUCAUUGUGACUGCGAUGCCACCCUACUUUGCCAUGGAAAAUGCAGAAAAUCAUAAGAUCAAAUCAUAUACCCAACUGAAGAUCUCAGGUCUUUUUCCAUCUGCUUAUUGGACUGGACAAGCUAUAAUUGACUUCCCCUUAUUUUUUGUUGUUCUUGUUUUGAUGCUAGGAAGUUUAUUUGCAUUUCACUAUGGAGUUUAUUUUUAUGCUUUGAAGUUCCUUUCUGUGGUUUUUUGCCUUAUUGGUUAUGUACCAUCUGUUAUUCUUUUUACCUAUGUCGCAUCUUUCACCUUCAGAAAAGUUUUAAAUACUAAAGAGUUUUGGUCAUUUAUCUACUCAGUGACAGCCUUGAUUUCCAUUGCAGUCACUGAAAUAACUUUCUUUAUGAGAUACUACACAGUAACAACUGCCCUUCAUUAUAUCCUCUGCAUAACCAAUCCAAUCUACCCACUCUUAGGGUGCCUGAUUAGUUUUAUAAAGAUUUCAUGGAAGAAUGUACAAAAAAAUGAAAACAGUUAUAAUCCAUGGGACCGACUUUUAAUAGCUGUUUUAUCGCCUUAUUUGCAAUGUGUUGUGUGGAUAUUCUUACUACAGUAUUUUGAGAAGAAAUAUGGAGGCAGAUCAGUAAGAAAAGAUCCAUUUUUCAGAACCUUUUCGACUAAACUCAAAAGUAGGAAGUUUGUGGAAGUACCAAAUAAUGAAGAUGAAGAUGAUGAUGUUAAAGCUGAAAGAUUAAAAGUUAAAGAAAUGAUGACUUGCCAAUGCUGUGAAGAGAAACCAGCUAUUUUGGUUAGCAGUUUACAUAAAGAAUAUGAUGAGAAGAAAGAUUUUCUUCUUACAAGAAAAAGAAAGAAAGUGGCAACUAAACAUGUUUCUGUGUGUGUAAAGAAGGGAGAGAUACUAGGAUUGUUGGGACCAAAUGGUGCAGGGAAAAGCACGCUUAUUAAUAUGCUUGUUGGUGAUAUUGAACCAACUUCGGGCCAGGUUCUUCUAGGAGAUUAUUCCUCAGAUCUGGCUGCUAAAGAUGAUGAUUCUGUUAAGUACAUAGGAUAUUGUCCUCAAACAAAUCCACUUUGGCCAGAUAUUACAUUGCAAGAGCACUUCGAAAUAUAUGGAGCUGUGAAAGGAAUGAAUAGAAGUGAUGUGAAAGAAGUCAUAAAAAGAAUCACAAAUGCACUUGAUUUAAAAGAACAUCUUCAGAAAACUACAAAGAAAUUGCCUGCUGGAAUAAAACGAAAGUUGUGUUUUGCACUAAGCAUGCUUGGAACUCCCCAGAUUACUUUGUUAGAUGAACCAUCUACUGGUAUGGAUCCUAAAGCCAAGCAGCAUAUGUGGAGAGCAAUUCGUGCUGCAUUUAAAAACAAAAGGCGUGCAGCCAUCUUGACUACACAUUAUAUGGAAGAAGCCGAGGCGGUUUGUGAUAGAGUGGCAAUUUUGGUAUCUGGACAGUUAAGAUGUAUUGGCACUGUACAACACCUAAAGAGUAAAUUUGGCAGAGGCUACUUUUUGGAAAUUAAAUUAAAGGACUGGAUGGAAAAUCUGGAAGUGGAACAGCUUCAAAGACAAAUUCACUAUAUUUUUCCAAAUGCAAUUCGUCAGGAAAGUUUUUCUUCUAUUUUGGCUUAUAAAAUUCCUAAAGAAGAUGUACAGUCUCUUGCACAGUCUUUUUCUAAGCUAGAAGAAGCUAAACAUACUUUUAGUAUUGAGGAAUACAACUUUUCUCAAGCAACUUUGGAACAGGUUUUUGUAGAACUCACUAAAGAACAGGAGGAAGAAGAUAACAGUUGCGGAACUUUAAAUAGCACUCUUUGGUGGGAAAGAACCCAGGAAGACAGAGUUGUAUUUUGAACUCUUACCUUUCAAAUCCUCUGAGAGGAUUUUUUUUUUCCUUCCACUUCAUAUUAUUUUUAUAUUGUUUUAAGAUCAAACUUUUUAACAUGUCCUGUGAACCAUGAAAACAUUUGGGUCAUAGGAAAUGGUCAUAUCACUGCAUUUCCAGAAUUCUUUAAUUGAAGUACUAUGUUACUGUGUUUUGGUUUUCUUUUGUGUAGCUAAUCGUAUUUUAGUAUUACUAUCUAAAGGAUAUUUAAUUCCGACUUGUAUUUUGAGAGAAGUAUUUACUUUUCUCAUUCCUCAGCUUUUACGAACAGUGUUUUUCUAUUUACAUUUUCACUAAUAGUGGAAGAUAUUUUUUUUAGUUCUUUUACAUUGAAUUUUUAUGUUUUUUUGGGGGGAAAAGUCCACCUCCAGAAAAUAAGCUUAUUAUAUUGCAGCAUAUUAAUAAAUAAAGAUAUAAACUGGCAUAUAGGUGAGAGAGUAAAAGGAUACUAUAAACUUUUAUUUCUCUCAGUUUUUAGAAUUAAAUCCUCACAAAAAGCUGCCAAUUGCAGGUUGUCUUAACAAAAAAAAAAAAAAAAAAAAACAGUUGAAAAGAUCUCUGAAAUAGAAGCUCAUAUUAAAAAAAAAAAUAUGUCCACUAGAUGGCAACCAGAAUGAAUGGUUUUACUUCAGGUUCUUUUAAGUACUUUAGGUUAGAAAAAUAUUCAUUGUAUUUUCAAGCUAAUUUAAUUGAUUUCUGUUUUAGUGUAUUUUCUGUGUGGGGCUACUGAUAUUUCUUGGCCAUUAUAAAUUAUAUUUAUUAUAUUAUAUGAUUUAGCUGAUACUCUUUUUCUGCUGCAUAGCUGUCUGGAAUAGAGAAACUGCUAGGCUGGGAUAAUUCAGUUUUUUGUUUUUAGAUAGAGUAUUUUCUCCUUUAUUUAGUAUGGAAGGGUAUGCAUAUUUGCUUUUUGAGGACGUGGAAGGAGAAAGAUUAGGCUUGUUAAUAUUUGUUAGCAUUUUGACUUCACAGACAAUCCUUAUUUGGGAUUUUAACCAUAAUUGGCUGGAUUUAUUAUAGAUCAGAACCAAUGAUAGAAGUUAUUGUCUAUGGUAAGAGACAAAGCAGAUUUUUAUUAUUUUCCAGAGCUAAAGUAUGACAAGAUUAAUAUAAGCUAUGAUUUACCACAAUUAUUUCAUAUAAUAAAAUUUCAGAUAUGUUAUACAGAUAUCAGGCAAUAUGAUCUUCCCAUUAGCUGCUUAAAUCUUAUUAAUUUAAAUUAGACACUGCCUAGUUCCACCAAUAAUUGUAGAUAGUACUGAAAGGCAAUUUAUGGUAUGAUGCACAAUAUAUGUGAUCACAACAUAAGAAGACCAGAAGCACAAAAAUAACAGCUUGAAAAGACACAUUAGAGUGAUUAUUUAUAUAAUAAAGUGUUAUUCAUUUUAAAAUGAUUUAUUUCUGGCCUCCUUUAAAUAUCAAGUUUACUAAUGCAUUUUUAGUUGACUUAAGAAAAUUAGAUUUACAGCAAACUUUUAAGGAACAUAUUUGUAUUAAUGCUGUUUACAUCCAUAGCAAAUAGACAGAAAUAUGUUAAUGACUAAGAGUGUCCCUGUUUUAUUUUUUGUAUCAGUCAUCUUGAUGAUCUUCCCAGCUGAUGCUUGGUGAAAGGAAACCUCAGUGAGCUUACUGUUCAUUUUGGUUAUUUCUACCCCAGCUAUCUCUUAUUGCUAAUUAGUUAAAAAAUAAUGACUUUGGAUAUAAUUUUUCCUCAGUAAAGAACUACAGCCUUGAAUUUUUGUUGUUCCCUAACAUAUUUUGUAUUCAAGAUUGCUAAAAUUCCUUAUUGUUACAAGGUUUUCCCAAGGUAAUAGGGAAUAUAAUUGAUUUCUUUAUUUGAGACUCUCGUCUCUUGCCUUGUUCUUUUUUUUCUUUUUUUGACUUAGGCAUUGUUCAUUUCUGUACUGGCAGCAUGAACUUGAGUAACACUAUUGCCAGUUGAAAGGCAGGUUUAAAAUGAAAUGGCUUGCUUUCCUAGAUAAAUUCAUAAAUAAAUAUUUCAUGGUUGAAAGAAAUCAUUGUUGAAGAGCCUUAAUAUCAUUGAAUACCAAAAAUCAUUGUAAUACAUAAGGCUGAUUCUUUUUAAAAGGUUGAGAAGAAGUAUCUCACUUGAGGGUAUUUUUAAUCAUUGGACAUGAAAUAAAUCAUAACGAACAGUUAUCAAAUUAUAUCUAUAUUUGAAAAAAAACAACUAAGCAGAGAGAAGUUGAACCCUUGAUAAAAUCUAUUCACAUUGAGAAAAUUCAAUUUAAAUUUUAGGUAAAACAUACAUUGUACAGAAGAUUACAUGGAUUUUUUUUAUAUCAAAUAAUUUUAUUUUGGUAUGUAUAAAUGUAUAGCAUGGUAAGUUAGUUGAUGUUCUGUUAUACUUAAGUACAGAUUCUUGUACAAGUUUGGUGGUUAGUGAACAUUGCAUUUUUCAUGAUGUUUAUCUCUGGAGCACCUAUUCCCAUCCCCGCCCCUAAUAGAUUGUCAGAGAUAAAGACUGAUUCUAUGCUUCCUUGGUAACAUAUUUUUGUUUUUUUAUUCUUAUCCAAGUUGAAUGUGUGGCUAAUAUAGUCUUUAAAAAAAAAAAAAGGACCAGUUUCAAUAUAUUAAUAUAUAUAUAUAUAGUAGAACAUAUUAAUGAAACAAUACUUCAGUGCACCAUCCAGAAAUAUUUAUAUGAUAGAGACCUAAAUGUUACAAAAAUAUUUAAGAUACUAAAUUAAAUGCUUUGAAAAUAUAAUUUCUGAUGUCUCUUAAAAAAGAAUAUUAUAUGUGUCUUUAGCCCAAAAGGUGGUUUAAAAAAUGACAUCCACUUCACUCAGGAUAUUUUUUUAAAGCACAAGUAAGUUAUUGGACAAGGUCAUCUCUUUGUAAAAAUUAUAAAUUGAGAUGUGAGGAGCGAUAGAUAAUAUUUAUAGUAACUAAAAUUAUAUAAUUAAGUUUAUGGGAACGUGUUUCAUUAGAUUUGUCUCAAAAGAAAAGUUGUCAGAUUUUCAUAUUGGCAUUUUGCUUUUAAGCCUGGAAUCCUUCCUUAAAUUCUUUUGACUUUAAUAAGUUUAUAGUAAAAAUUUGAUAAGCAUAGGAAUAUUUUUACUCAGCAUUUCAUAUUAAUUUUAUUCUGUUGUGUUUAUACUAAACAUACUCCAUACAUUUUUUAAAAUUUCAUGAGAGCCUUGAGAUAAGUGGUAACUACGUAUGAAUUAUGGCAUUGAUUUUGAACAAAUGGAAAUAGUUAAUGCUUUUUAUGGUUUUGAUCUUAACAACAUCUUGCCACCUGACUAUUUUUCCUUUCCUUGACCUAAAUUAGUAAACUUGCCUUUCAAAGUGAAAGCCUUUAUUUUUAUAUGCACAUAUUUUAUUUUUAUUUUAUAAUUGUCGAUCUCUUAUUUUAACAGAAGAAAAAAAAUUAUUUAGUGAAAAGGCAUGAAUGUGAAUUAACAUUGUAAAUAUCCAUCUUUAUAUUUUUUGGUCUGAGAGAGAAUACACAUGUAUUCUUUUCUUUUUGAUGACUGUAACAAUUUGCUUUUUAAUACAAGUGGAAAAAUUUUCUCAGGCUAAUGUUUCAUUUCUUUAUAAAGGUAUAACUUUGGCACAUGUCAUUUGUCGUUGCUUUAAGCAUGUGAGCAGCACCUUUAUAAAGGGGAAAUGCAACACAAACGAAUAUCUAGUUUUAAAAAGCAAUUUAUCUUUCCCAAUUACUGCUUUUUAAUAACACAAGCUAUUGUCUUCACUUAAAAAGGCUAUGGAACAAACUUUUGAGAACUUGAGCUACAGUUUUGUUACCUACACUGCUAAUUGUCUUAAAUUUUCAUACAAAUAUAUAAUUUCUUUUUAUUUUGGAGAGUUUAGAUAUGUCAUGCUCUAAAAUUGGUCUAAUGUGAGGCAAACCUCAUUUUUCAGUACUACAUCAUUUUCUGGUAUACUUAAAGAAUGUUUGAUGCUUCAGCCUGGUACAGUUUUUAAUGGAAAUAUCAUUACCUUUUAAUAAAAGAUAGUGAGAUGAUGACCAUUUCAUUUGAUCACACUGAAUUUGAGAAAGAUAUUUAAGAUACCAAACUAAGUGCUUUGAAAAUAUGACUUCUGAUGUUAACCUAUUAAAGAGUGAAUAUUAUAAUUCA